AGGACUUGACAGGGUUCGUGGAAGGCUGAGCACUGAAGAGGAAAACUUCACAAAACAUUGCCCAAUUUUUGUGGGAAGAAAUAAUACUGCGCCAUGGAUGUUUCGCAGAACUGCGAAUGGAAAGGCGGAAAGGGCGGUUCAAAAGUUAACUAGGAUUUUAAGAAAGGUUUGUUCUGAGAAACAGAAUAAAUGGCAUGAAUACUUGCAUAAGGCACUUUGGGCCAUAAACAUUACUGUCAAUGAUUUGGGGUAUUCGCCUUUCCAGUUAGUUUAUGGUCGUGAUGCUGUGACACCCAUAGAAUUAACAUUGGAAAGUUAUCAGGUUAUAAUAGCAAAGGAUAG